UUUCCCCAAAAUUAUAUCAAUGGCGUCCGCCGGUUGUCGCUGUUUAAAUCCUUACCAAUCUCUCUGAACCAAAAGCAACCCAACCAGCCUCUCUUUGAGCCGCUAGCAUGGAUGUGCGGCCUGAGCAACAACACUCAGGGCCUCCUGGUAGAAGCUACUGGCGAUGGAGCAAGCAAGACUUCUUCCCAGAAGCCUCGUUCCAAAGCCUCGCAUCCUACAAGGCCGCACUCUCCCACACCUGCUCCCGCCUUAGGGACCGCCUCCUCCACCGCUCCACCGACGCCUUCGAGCUGGUGGAGCUCCGCAAGGCCAGCGAGCACAACAUGCACAAGUGCCUCAACUGGUGGGACCUUGUCUGGCUCAGCUUCGGCUCCGUCGUCGGCUCCGGCAUCUUCACCAUCACCGGCCUCGAAGCCCACGAUGACGCCGGCCCCUCCAUUGUCCUCUCCUACGCUGUCUCCGGCCUCUCUGCUCUGCUCUCCUCCUUCUGCUACACCGAGUUCGCCGUCGAGAUCCCUGUCGCCGGGGGCUCCUUCUCCUACCUGCGCGUGGAGUUGGGCGACUUCAUCGCCUUCAUUGCCGCCGGGAAUAUUCUCUUGGAGGCCGUAGUCGGCGCGGCCGGGCUGGGCAGAGCAUGGUCUUCCUACUUCGCCAGUAUGAUCAAGAACAACCCCGAUUUUCUUCGCUUUAAGGUAAGUUCCUUAGCCGAAGGUUUUGAUCUUUUAGAUCCGGUUGCUGUUGGAGUGCUUCUAGUUGCCAAUACCAUAGCGAUGAGUGGAACAAAGAGGGCAUCUUUCCUAAACUGGGUUACUUGCAUAUUGAGCGCUAUUGCCAUUUUGUUUAUCAUAGUGGUUGGGUUUGUCCAUGCCAAGAGCUCAAAUUUGGUCCCCUUUUUUCCAAUGGGAGCAAAGGGUGUUUUCCGGGCUGCUGCAGUUGUGUAUUGGUCUUAUACCGGGUUCGAUAUGGUGGCGACGAUGGCGGAGGAGACUAAGCGGCCCUCAAGGGAUAUACCUCUGGGGUUGAUUGGUUCCAUGGCUGUGAUCACUGUGGUUUAUUGCUUGAUGGCUUUGGCAUUGACAAUGAUGGAGAAAUACACUGAGAUUGAUAGGGACGCGGCGUAUUCGGCUGCUUUUGGUAAAAUUGGCAUGAAUUGGGCCAAGUAUUUAGUGAGUAUAUGUGCACUGAAGGGGAUGACUACUAGCUUGUUGGUUGGAUCUCUGGGGCAAGCUCGAUACACGACUCAGAUUGCAAGGGCUCAUAUGAUUCCGCCCUGGUUCGCUCUUGUGCACCCAAGGACUGGUACUCCCAUUUAUGCUACUCUAUUGGUAACCAUAACUAGUGUAAUUGUAGCAUUUUUCUCCAGUUUGGAUGUGUUGUCGAGUGUUUUCUCGUUCAGUACACUCUUCAUUUUUAUGCUUAUUGCAGUUGCAUUGCUUGUGAGGCGAUAUUAUGUCAGGGAUGUGACACCCAGUUUGGUUAAAUUCCUUGUAUGCUUAUUUGUUAUUAUUGGAUCUUGCAUUGGAGGAACGGUACUUUGGAAUUUGAAUAGGGGAGGGUGGAUUGGGUAUGUAGUGACUGGUUUAGUUUGGUUUUUGGGGACUCUGGCAAUGGCGCUGCUUCCAAAGCACCAAGCUCCAAAGGUUUGGGGGGUUCCUCUUGUUCCGUGGUUGCCUUCAUUGUCCAUUGGGAUGAAUAUUUUUCUUAUUGGGUCACUUGGUUCUGUGGCAUUCUGGAGGUUCUUUAUUUGCAGCGCAGUAAUGCUCAUCUACUAUUUCUUCAUUGGUCUCCACGCUACCUAUGAUGUGGCGCAUCAGGACGAACAGGAGUUGAAAAAAGAAGAGGGAAAGGAAGAUACGAAUCAAGGGGCGUAACGGUAGGUGAAUCAAGGGGCUUUUGUCUAGUGCCUUGAGGCAGCACUUUGGAAUACAAACGUUAUAAGAUGGAUCUGGUACGAGGCUCCUGCAUUCCUGUACUUUUGGGGACUAUUGAAAUGUUGUUGCUUCAGAGCAGUGACUUGUGAAGGUUGGGGUGUAUAUCAAUUCCAUGGUCAGGAUUUAAAAUUAGUGCAUCUAAUGGUAUACAUGAAGUCAAUGUUGGCACGUAUUUUUUUUAAAAAAAAUGUAGAAUCAUCUACUCCGUUUAGAUGCAUUAAUUUUAAAUCUUGACUAGUAUCCAUUUCACUUGAAAUGGAGAGGAUCUUGGUCCCUCAUUUAAAGGCUUCUGGCCAUUGCCUUGUGCAUCAAGAGAUAUAAUGUGAAAUGUUACUCCGAAAUGGAUGUCAUAAUCUCUUUUGGGUACUUUUUCUUUAUUAGUUCGUUGAUCAAAGAGACAACACUUUGGAAUUCAACGUGAGAGGAGUCAUGGAUUAGGUACGCGGCUGCGGCUGCAACUGUGGCACUGGCUCUGUUUACUGUGAAGGUUAGGGAGGUUCUACUUCUUGUAGUGCCGGCAUUGUUUUAGUUGGGCUUAAUAUUUCAUUUAAAUCACAGGGAUCUGUUGUAUUCUUAUAAUAGUCACUGGAUAGAUAGAUUAAGGCCAGUUCAAAAGAUUCCAUGUUAUGCAAAGAUUAAAUUUGAUAUGGAGAUGGAAAGUCUACGGGCAAAUUUUUAUAAAUGAUUACAGGAAUGAAUGCACUUUGAUUUUUGAGCAUUCUUUAUUGUUAGCCUAGCUUUUGGAAGCGGCAGGAAGCCAUGACCUUAAUGCAGUCAUUGCUGACUACAUCUUAUUAGUGGAGUUUUGUAGUGCACCAGUGAUCAAAAUUGACAGCAGCAGUUGCUCAAGAUAUCCGCAAGGAGGAGUGAUGGUGAUGGUGAUGGUGAUGGCAGAAUCAUCUUUAGGAUUUAUUUCACAUGUUUUAAUUGGUUUAUGAUGUUUGGGUUUUAAUUCAUUAGAAAUUAGAUGUCUUUAUUUGUAAUAAUUAAGAAUUAUUAUCCCUUAAGGAUUAGGAGUUCUUAUUUAAUUUGUUUUAGGAUAAUUGUAAUUUUAGGAUUUGGAUUUGUAGCCUAAAUGAAAGGCAUGCAUCGGUUCUGUUUUCAUAAUUGUUGAUUGAAUAAAAUUUCAUCUCAACUAUGUGAAGAUA